AUGUUGUUGUUGUUGUCUGCCACUCAACUGGGUCGCAAUGGCGCCGCAGCCGAACAACAACAACAACAACAGCAACAGCAGCAGGACCUCGAAGCAGUUGAACUGCUGCAGGAUAAUGAUAUCGAGUUCGCGAGUCUCGAUGGCGCCACACAACUGCUGCCUGCCACACGUCAUGUUAUGGACGCCACAAAGGCGCCGCCCGCCUCCUCACCGCCACCUCCGAUGCUGACGUCAUCGUACACAGAACUGCCAGGCGGUGAGAUACUCAGCGAGCGCAUUUGGCGGCUCAGUGAGAGUCCUUUCCUAGCACGCGAGGACAUCGAAGUGGUGCGUGGGGCACGUCUAACCAUAGAGCCCGGAGUUACGAUUGAAUUUGCGCCCACCAAGGGUCUGAAGGUGCGCGGCGUGCUGCAAGCUGUGGGUACGCCUACCCAACGAAUUGUGCUCAAAUCGCAAAGCAACACGGCCAGUUACAAAUUGGAGCUACCCGAUGAGCAGGAGAAGGGCAUAAGACUGGUGGAUGGACCGACUCCGGUGGAGGGUCGUCUCCAGCUAUUCCACAAGGGCGCGUGGCGUUCUGUUUGCUCCAAUUCAAGAAAUUGGACGCUGACGGACUACGCGAUAGCCUGCCAGCAACUGGGCUAUAAGGGCGGUCGCUUUUGGAAUUGGGUGGAACGUACGCCCGGCUAUUACCCACGCCUUCUGUACGAGCAACCCAAAUGCAGAGGUGGAGAGAAAUCGCUGCAGGAGUGCGCCUGGACAACGCGACAAAUGGGCGCCGGCGCGUGUGACUAUCACAAUGAUUUGGGCAUACAAUGCAAGCCGGUGCACAGCGAGCCGCUCGGACAUUGGCGUGGUCUGUACUUUGAUAAUGCGCCUUCGACCAAGUCGCUGGGCCGGGACAACACCGUCUAUGCAGCGCAAUCGGAGUCACGUCUGAAAUAUGUCGACAUUAUACGUGCCGGCAAUGGCGAACGAUUCAGCGCUAAGUCGGCGGUGGAGGUGCAAGGACUGCCGCCAGUCAUGGAGCAUGUGGUCAUCAGUCAUUCGGCGUAUACAGGUUUCAACAGCACACGGCCCUGGGCGGGCUUUCAGCUGCAGAACGUGACUGUGCGCAAGAGUAAUGGCAUUGGUAUCUUUGUCAACUCCAGCCAGGGAUUGGUGCAGUUGGAGGGAUGCACAGUGGUGGACAAUGCGGCCGAUGGCAUCAAAUAUGUGGGUCAUGAUUUGCGGGGCACUGAGCGCAUAGAUCGCGCCUCCAUCUAUGACUUUUGCACGCUGCCCACCACAUCAGGCCAAACGUAUCCCAUCUCCUUGUCCUUUACGCAAAAAUAUUACGCUGGCUCAGCCAAGGAGUGCGGCAAAUACUUCUUCACCCGUCCCGGCUAUUACCUUACGCUGCAUUUCGAGCACUUUGUGCUGCAAAACAAUGAGACGGCAACUGUCCAGAUAUUCGAUGGCGCCUCAACCAAUGACAGACUGCUUUUCGAGUGGCAAGCGCGCAAUUUUACACGACCCCAGAGCGUUACCAGCACCAGGGAGAAGAUGUUUGUACGGAUACGAGCAAAUUCCCGAGAGGAACUCAACGGAUAUUUUCGGAUAACAUCAGGCGACUCGGUGGCGUACGAUUUGCGCAUCGCUCAGUCCACCGUGGAGGACAAUUUUGGACGUGGGGUGGCCAUAGACAACAUACGGUCGAAACUUCAUGUCCAUGCUAGCACCGUCUCCGGAAAUGGUCAUGUGGCGGGUGUGCAUGUCACCAGUGGAGCAGGGGAUGUCAACAUCACUAGCAGCAACAUCAGCUUCAACAAUGGGGCUGGCGUUAACAUCACUUACUACGGUGGUAAUCGAAACAUUUCCCGCUCAGCCAUCAGCGCCAAUAAGGGUUAUGGUCUGGCGGUCUGGCUGAAUCAUACCACAGACAUUAAUCGCGUCGAAUACUUGCCAUUUAAUCAAACGAGCGUGGUGGAGUACUCACAAAUUGCGGGCAAUCUCGAAGUUGGCGUUUUUCAUGGCAACUACUGUCGUCCCAUUUGGGUGAACAUCACGGGAAAUAGCUUCAAUGGCAGUCAACAGAACGACGUCUUUAUUGAAUCGUGUUGGCAAAAGACAGAGAAUGGCGAGCCAAAUAUGCAACUGCAAUUGGGCCACAACCUCUUCAAGUACAGUCAAGCGAAUGCCGUUUAUUUGAGUCCAGCACUCAAUCUGAACGGUCGCAUUGAGUAUAACAUGUUUAAGUUCGGAUCUUAUGGCUGUAUUUAUGUAAACAACGACUUCAUCUUUCCUGAAUUCAAUUUCCUACCCGCGCGUUUACUCAUCCAGAGCAAUUACUUCAUGCGGAAUAGCGGAGUCCAUGUGGUAUCACUAGCUUUAUCGCCGUAUAGUCGCGCUGAUGUGCAGUAUAUACUUUUCACUCGAAACUUUGUGCGGAGCAACAAUAUUACGGAGGCCUUUGGUCCGCUUAUUGCUGGCAGCGAAGGCAGCGAUGGUGCUGGACGUCUAAAUCCACGCUCCCGAGUGGCAGCACCCGUCGUUGUAGGCUCCAGUAACAUUGACAUCUUUCGCAAUAUACUGCACAACUUGGACUCAGCCUAUGAGAUUGGCUCGCAGCUAUGCGAUCAGAGUCAAAUCAUUAAUGCCACAUACAAUUGGCUGGGUCACACGGAGGAAAAUCGCAUUUAUGCGCGCCUCUUCCAUCGAAAUGAUCGCUACAAUCUGGCCAAAAUAAACUACAUACCCUACCUGCUGCAUAGCUCUAAUCCCGGCUCGACAGCUAUGAUUACAGUCUCGACUGUAGUGCCACGUUUCUUUCACGAAGGCAGUGACAUCAUAGGCGGUGAGGUGGAUGGUCAGGACAUGGUGCCAGCGGGUACGUACACAGUCACAAAAGAUAUAAACAUACGGCCGGGAGGCAAGCUGAUUCUCCAACCCGGAACAACAUUGCGGUUUGAGCCCAGUGUGGGUAUGAUGGUUGCUGGCAAACUGGAAGCAAGAGGCAGACGUCCCGAUGACAUACUCUUCACGCUGAAAAGAGAAACCAUCAUAAUGGAACAAAAUGGCACAGAUACUAUUGACUUGGAUAGCGAAACAGAAGCCAUUGACAUGGACACCGAGUCGAUACUGGCGGAUGGUGUGCCGCGAGUUCCAGUGCGUUUAGUUGGUGGCACUGGAGCCCACGAAGGUCGACUGCAACUCUACCUUAAUGGCCGCUGGGGCACAGUCUGUGAUUAUGGCUGGAAUGUUCUAAAUGCUGCUUUAGUCUGUCAUCAUCUGGGCUACACGUUGAACCCACAGGAUUGGCGUCUGUUGCGCUCGCAGCUGCCCAACGCGGGUGUCUCUGAGGAUGUGCUUGUAGCCAAUGUGCGUUGCACGCCUCACGAUCGCGAUAUUACCAAGUGCCGGGCCGAGCACCUAACGCGCGGAGAAUUUGAGAACACCUGCAGUCAUGAGAACGAUGUGGGCAUUCGUUGCUAUGAAGGUGCCUGGGCAGGUGUACGCUUCAGCAUGCUGGCCGAACGUGCUGAUCUGCAAUACGUGACUGUGGAGAAGGCUGGUCUCUUUGACUAUACCACCAAUGCGUUUAAGCCAGCUGUGCAAAUGGAUCAUGCGCGCCAUAAUCUGGAAAAUGUUCGCAUUGUUAACAACCUACAGGAUGGUCUGGGCAUCAUCUAUGCGGACAUCUAUGCCGGAAAGUCGGUGAACAACAUCAAGAACUCUGAGUUUUCAGGCAAUCGUGGCAGUGGCAUCAGCUUGAAGCAACUAGACUUUCGCAUUGCCGGCUCCAUCAUCAAAGACAAUCAUGGCAGUGGCAUAUCACAUGAUGCUGUAAUUUCGGCAUCCGAUCAGAAAGAAAUUGGCGGCUGGUUCAACAUGGCGCGCGACUUUAACGCGUAUGAUACAGACUAUGAUCCGUAUGUAUUGCCACACGAAACAGCCAACAUUGAUUUGGGCACCUUUGAGCAUAAAUAUAUACGCACCGAGGAGCUGUUGGGUCAGUCAGUCAGUCGCAAGAUUGUGGUACAAUGUCCUGCUGGCUAUGUCAUAGGCAUACAAUUACUUAACCCCAUUCACAAUCUAUCUACGGAGAGUAUUAAUAUUCUAAAUGCUCGCACGGAGAACAUCCGCAGUGAUCUGUGGCAAGUGAAGCGAGAUCUAAAUGUCUUUCCGGUGACUAGCAGCAGCUAUGGCAUAAUAAUCUACUAUGAGAGUGGACCAAAUGCGCUGGGAGGUGCCGUCCUUAUGCUGACCACUGUUACGGCACCAGUGCAGAAUAUACGGAAUCGCAUUGUGAGUGGACCUGUCCCAACGCUAGCAAUACGUUCAACGAAAAUUCAGAAGAAUCUGCGAGGUAUUACGGCCUAUUAUUAUAACCGCUAUAUAGGCGAUAAUGCAGAGUAUUAUUUGCGCAAGGCUAAUGAAUCCAUUAAGCUCGUUAACUCGGAGCUAAGCUUCAAUGAUCGCGAGGCAAUACUCAUCAAAUCACCCUUCUGGGAUGUCAUCUCCAGCAAUUUGUCCGAAGUAACGCUCCACAUCAAUGGGUCACUUAUCACCCAGAAUGGGUUUGGCAUAAGACAGUUGUCAAAGGACCUGCGCUCUUCGAACAAUCUCUUUCAUUAUGUGCUCCAGGAUACGACCGUGGAACAGAAUUCGCACGGUGGUUUCCAAGUCGCUCUGCCCUAUGUUUGGCAAUACAAUGAAAACUUUACGCACAGCAUUUACUUUGGGAAUAGCACCUGGCAGCGCAAUCGCAACUUCCACAUUGGCGUCUACGGACAUUAUGCCGUAUUCAACAUAACCUCAAAUGUUUUUGUGGAGAACAAUUGUCCAGGCUCUUUGAUUUCUCUGGAUGGCAUGGAGAAGAGAUUGAGGUUCGACAACAAUCGCUUCGAGGGCAACAACGCCAAGUUUGUGCUGUUGCUUAAGGCCGAUAGUUUGAGUGAGAUUAUUGGACAGGUGCCGGCCUCCAUUGAAUAUAACACCUUUAAACGUAAUAGCAUCGUGACUAUGGUAUCGGAUUAUCGUCAUUAUAUGAAAGCGUCAAGGCGUCUGCGAAAGCAGAACAAAAUACCCACAGCGGUAAUACGCCUGGAUGGCGUUCAAAAUGUAAAGCUCUAUCGCAACCUGAUAGCCGACAAUGAUAUGGACUACAAUUUAGUAGCUGGCGUACGAUCGGCGCGUCUAAACAACUACUUCCAGGCCACAGAGAACUGGUGGGGCUCCAAAGAUCCGCAGUACAUCGAGUCGAAGAUCUUUGGCUUCGACAAGUGGAAUGACCAUGCGGAUGUGAUCUAUCAACCCUUCUUGAUUGAGGAUACCUACGAUGCUAGUGUUAGCGUCGUUUCGCCUCUUAAUGAACAGCUCGAUUUGAGUUCAUACCACGGUGGGCGUAUCUAUAGGGACUUCACAUUACGCAAGCAGAGCAAUCCCUAUUACAUAUCCUCGGAUAUAACCAUCAUGCCCGGCGUGGUUUUGACAAUUCAGCAUGGUGUAACCAUGGAGUUUGAACCCAAUGUGGGCAUACUGGUGCUGGGCACGCUUACUGCCAUUGGCUAUAAGGAGUCAGAGAUUGUCAUGCGACCAUUUAAGAAUAGCACAAAGGAAUCCUUAGUGCUGGCACCACCGCCACGCAAGCGCGCCAUUGAGGAUAUGAGUGCGGCUCUGACGGACUUCGAUUCCAUACGUCUGUGCACCAGUGCCAGCAACUGCACAGACGAUGCAGAUGGCGUCAAUGGACUGAACGAAGGAUUUCUGGAGUACUUCAAUCACACGACACUUCAAUGGGUGCCCAUUUGCGAUAGUCGCUUCACCGAGCGUAAUGCGCAGGUUGUGUGCCGCGAACUGGGCUUUGAUCCGUUAAAUGUCUAUUACGGUCACGACCGACGCAUUGAGUUUCACACAAAUUCGCUUACUCGCAUCUGGUCCUGGGUGCAGCCACUGGAGUGUCGUGGCGAUGAGGAGCGCAUGGAGGACUGUGCGGAACGCUUGAACGGACAGCUCUACGGCCAUCGUCACGAAUGUCGCUGGGAUGAUGUCUUCGUGUUUGUGAGUUGUAAUGGUGUGGCCGAUGAUGAGGUGUACUGGGGUGGCAUACGCUUUGCUAGCUCCAAGUUUGAAGAGAUUCAAUACCAGCAUCGCAUGCACAACACACGCUCCCAUGGAUCCCAAAUACAGCGCGACAGUCAGCUUGAAUUUGUGCGCAUCGAGCAGGCAGGCAUUCUGCAUAAUCACAAAGCUGCCGCCAUACAGGCUAUACAUAAGAACCCGUCAAUUACCUCUGUGAGCAUUACGAAUUCGGCCAACCAUGGCCUCAAUUUAAUAGCACCCAGUGGCAAACUGAAUCUUAACAACUUAAACGUCAGCAAUACGUUGGGAACGGGCAUAAGCAUACUCUCACUGAGCGGUGAGGGACGCGAUAGCGAUGAAUCGAGCUUUACACCGCUCAAAAAACUCGAUAUACCCUAUAAACUAUUCUCGCUGGUGGACAUUUGUGAUCCUCAAAAGGUUCUAACCAUUGAAGAGCGCAUGCUGGUUUACUACAAGUACGACAACAAUCCUGUGAAUUGUGUCAAGAUCUUUACAUCAGCUUUUCGGGCCAAGCCCAUAGGCUUUCGUUUGCUGCAGUCGAAUCUGUUUAAUCACUCAAAGCUGUAUGGUCGCACCGAUUUUAUACGCCUCUAUGAUGGCGAUAUCUAUAAUGUCACUGCCACAUAUUUGGGAAAAAUUGAAUCGGAUACGGAUAAUCAACGUUCGUUCUUUAAGACUAAGGGGCCAACGAUGAGCUUACAGCUCGUCGCCAGCGGGGCACCUGAAACGCAUGGAUUUAUAGCUGAGGUGGUCACCGUGCCUAUUUCAACGUUGGGCCAAUAUCGCGAUGCACAGCACAAUAUCACGCACACGCACAUUUCGGGCGCCAUGAAGGGUGCGGUUACGUAUGCCUCAGCGGGUGAAGUGACGCCCACCCUAACGCUUAUAGGUAAUCGCAUCGAACGGAAUUGUAAACAGCUUUACGGCAAUUUUUCAACCUGUGAAUCGGCGCUUAACCUGGAUGUGCAGAACAUGAACUCGUUGUACUUUAUGAACAACCUCUUGUUGGAGAAUCAGGGAGGUCUGCGUAUUCGUGCCGAUUCCCGUGGCACAGCAACCUCUUUGCGCGGCUAUGUGCAUCACAAUCUCUUCAUGCGAAAUCGCAAUCGACCCGCCCUGUUUGUGGAGGGUCGACAAUCGUCGCCGUAUCAAGAGGUCGAGCUCUAUCGCAACUAUUUCGCCCAAAACAGAGCUGGCUAUGAGGAUGUUAUACGUUUGUGCCAAGUAGUUUCCAACUUUAGUUACAAUUAUGUCCACAGCAAUAUGGGCAGUCACAUUAUGGAGGUUUCUGGUUUUGAGAAAGUGCGUCUACAAAUCUAUCAGACAACUGCACAUAAUGGUUUCUAUAACAACUUUGCCACCAAUUGGAUGUCUCGAGCGACCAUCGUUGCGGGAACUGCGGGCCAACAAUAUGUGGAUAAUAUUUUUGAGAACUUUGAGAACGACUACGAGCUCCUGACCGUCAACAAUUCCAUUUUGAGCUUUGACUAUGAAAACAGGACCUUUGAAUUAUGGAGCUCCAAGAUCGAUGCCCGUCAUAAUUACUGGAGCUACAACAAUACGAUAUCAGUGCAGUCACGCAUAAGAGACAAGUCGGAUGAUCCAAUGCUGUUAGAGGUGCAGGCAAUGCCUUUCCAAAUGAACAACGAAACUAUUUUGGAUGGCAAAUGUCCACCGGGGUGGGGGCUGGUCAAAGAUACCUGUUUUAUUUAUGUUGGCGCACCCAUGACCUUCCAUGAAGCGCGUGAUUUCUGUCGCUCGGAGAACUCCACCAUGCCCUUUAUACGCACAGACAGCACCACAUUGUGGAAAUAUCUGCAGAGUCAGAUGCGACACUUGAAGUAUCCCGAGAAAGUCUGGAUACAGGACUACAAUCACAUUGAGCGUUGUACAAGUUUCGUUUUUGGUGAAAUAGAGUUGGAAGAUUGUCGCAAAGAGCGUGGUUUCAUAUGCGAAAUGGAUCCGAGAGUGAUUAUCGAUCCUCUGUCAUGGCGAGCCGACAUUUUUGCCAUCAGUAUUAUUUCUGCCUUUGUUCUGGCCAUUAUUUUGCUCAUUUUGGUGGCAUUCUGCUGGUUUGCCAAAUCCAAACAUCGCCAUGUCCAGCGUCUGCAGCGUCGCAAUAGCAUUCGCCAGAGCUUGCGGAGUCUGAACAGCAUCGACCCACAGGGUUCGCUGCGACGUCGCAAUUAUAACAUGUCCUCCAAUGGCACACUCUCGAAAAGUCAAGACUACAAACAGAUGAUGGCUAAUGGCUCCAUCGAUUCCAUGGACAAAAGUGCUCUGAGCUUAGACGGAAGCUUUGAGGGUUACGAGCAGAAGCCCCACUACAAUGAGUAUGUGAAUCAGAAUGCUCUGCGCCCGGCCCACGAGCCACAGCACACUCCGCACAAGGUGGCGACCAUAUCGAAAGGCACCGGUCAUCGGGCACGCGCCGCUGCUGCUACUCUGGAACCCGACGCCUUUGAGUUAAGCUACCGCAACGAGGGCUUCCGUGAUAAUUCCACCUAUGGCGGUGGCACACGCCAGAAUUCGAUUAGCACUAGUGUGGCCGAGGACACACCAAUUAUACAUCACACCGAUGCCGAGGAAAUCGGCUCGGAUUACUAUGGAAAUGCCAGCACGUUGCCGCUACGCACGGGCACAGGCACUAGCAGUAGUAGUGCUGGUGGUGCUGGCAUCGGCCUGGCCUUUUUAAAUGAACUCAAACAGAAUCUGCCGGAUUAUCAGCGCUCAUCCCAUAGCAGCUUUAUGCCUCAACGCAAUAGCGGAGAUUCCCUGCCCUUUGAACAAAAAAUUGAUCAAUUUAAUUACUCGGCGCCCGUAUCGGAGCGGUCGGAGACAUCGCUUUACCGCAAAGCACCUGCCACUCCGACGCCGCAGCCGGCGGAUAUGCGCCGUCCGGACUCCUAUUAUACGGCCGUACGCAGCAGCAAGGCGCCCACAUCGCAUUAUCGGACGCCCAGACCAUUGGCACAGCCACCGGCGGUGCCAUCGCCAAAGCCGAAGCCGAAGCAGCGCUCCCCACCCGUGAACACAGCGCGUCCAAAGACUGUUUAUCAAACGGCAUCCCAGGAUGCCUCGCCCACAACGCCGCCACCACUGGCUGGGGUCGUAAAUCCCUAUCAUCGCUCCAAAUCGGAGGCGCUCCUCGAGACAGAUUUCGACUCGGAUGGCGGUGGGGGGCUAUUGCCGCUGCAGACGAACGGUCGCAGUCACAGUCAACCACUUGAGACGGCCAUGUAAAUGUUUCAUUGGUUGGUACGGACGGGUAUUAUUCUUUAAUUUCCCGAUAUGCCACCCAUCCCCGCACAUCACUCAAUUUCGUUUCGUAAUUAUUUUUAGUUUUCAUUAAAUACUUUUUAAUCGAGAUUAUGUAUGCGACGAACAUCCCCACGUUGUUUUAUGUAGAAAACUUAAAGCAUUCCAUCCAUUAGUUAUAACGAAAACAAAACAAAACGAGCGCAAAAAAACGAAUUAGCAUUAAUUAUUGUUGUAUAUACAUAACUGUAUAACUGUAUGUCUGUAUCGAUAAUGAACAAAAUUAAAUUAAAUAUAAAU